UGGUGCUCAUGUCGGCCACCAUCAACAUCCAGCUCUUCGCGGACUACUUCGGCGGCGCCCCCGUGAUCCAGGUCCCCGGGCGGCUCUUCCCCAUCAGGGUCCUCUAUGAACCCAUCCGCCCUGAGGAAAGCACCAGUGGGCGCAGGGAGCGACUGAACGUCCGGCCCUUCCUGCGUGUGCUCCAGGCCAUCGACCACAAGUAUCCGCCGGAGGAGAGGGGAGACCUGCUCAUCUUCCUCAGCGGUGUGGCUGAGAUUGGGGUGGUUAUGGAGGCUGUGCAGUCUUAUGCAGCCUUCACCAAGCGCUGGGUGGUCCUUCCUCUGCACAGCACCCUCUCUGUGGCUGAGCAGGACAAGGUCUUUGACAUCACUCCACCGGGAGUCCGGAAAUGCAUAAUUUCCACCAACAUUGCCGAGACUUCAGUGACCAUUGACGGGGUCCGAUUUGUUGUGGACGCUGGUGAGAGUCCUCCCCCCUGCCCCCUCCUGUUGUAGAGAGUGGUCUGCCCGUGGAUUUGGCAGAUGGAGGGGAGCUGAGAGAGGCCUUUUUUCACCCAGGAAGCAAACCCUGGUGUAGAAAAGCCAUUGAGAUGACCUCGAAGGGAAUAUUCAGACGCCAUUACAGAAGCAACCAGGGCAGAAGCGUGCCUUGAGCCCUGGGAAAGGAGGUGGAGUUAGGAGGAGGCUCAGGCGGGCCUUUCCCUGGCUCCCUGGGGCGUGAGAGGGAGGGGAGGAAAAACCCAAGCAGACUGGCGAGGUCCUGUUCUUGGGGCCUCCCGGUGUCCCUGUGGAGUCGGUAUCUUGACCUGGUCCAGCACGUAGGGUUGACCUCAGUCUUGCAGGACUGCUGGUGUUGUUUCUCCUUCCCAGGACUCGAGGCUUGCUUCUGCCCUGGCUGCUUCUGUAAAGCUGCUGAAUAUUCUCUUCAAGGCCUCCUCCGUAGCUCGGUACCCCUGUGAGGUUGGAUGUAGGGGCCAAGCUGGGGCCAGUGUGGAUGGUGGAGUCAGCAUUAAGCAACAUGGGCUAUUUUGUGCUAUUCCUUCUGUCCUUUCCUGGGAAUGGCACAAAAUAAAAUGGUAAUGGUGGUGGUGAUAAUGAUUUAUUGCCUGCCUUUCCCAAGACACAGUAAUUUCAGGGAAACACUGCAAUUAUAUAAUUACUGUAGCAGUCUGCAUAGCAGACCACCUUGCCUCUGAAGAUGCCAGCCACAGUUGCCGGCAAAAUGUCAGGGUAUCUGUUGCCUAAUCCACGGUCACUAGAUCAUGAAACCCAGCGGUGUGCAACAGAUGCUGGCUGUGAAAGCUUAACUAUUAAUGAAAUUGGUUCAUCAUGUCCAGCGGACACGAAAUGCUGAUCCUAAAAUUAACCAAACACAAGAACCCUGCAUACUUUAAAAUAACAAAAUCCCAUGAUAUGACCAAGCUUGCAGACAUCAUCAUUGAAGCUUGUAUUCAACAAAGCAGUAAGAAUUGUCAAGAUUAAGGAGAGUAGAGCAGAUGACCAGACCCUCCAUGAACCCACUAGUCCACUCAGAAGGUCUUGAAGCCCUGGUCAUCAAGCUGUUGCACAGGUAAUUCAGUUGGAUGAGGCAGGUCCCUGAAAGCACAACCUAGAGUGAAGGACAGAAAGAAGGUCCUCCUCAGAGGAAUAUAAGGAGCAAGCAGGACAGAUAAAUACUGGGGUGUAUGAGACCAGAGGGCUCUCAAUGCAAGCACCAGGGUUUACCCUAAACUGGUUAACUACCAAUCCCAUGAAGAGCCCUGCAGUGUAACGAGACCUGAGAAGAGAAGAGAAGAGAAGGUCCAGAACAGCUUGAAUGGCAGUGAACUAAGAUCAGGGAACUCUGGAACCCUUGUCAAGGGGCAGUUGCAAUAAUCCGUAUAUGAAACAACCCAUGUCUCUGCCAGUGAAGCCACGCUCUCUGUUGUCAGAACCCCCUGAGUUCUGUGAAUGUCCCUCAAAUGAAACUCAGCAACUCCCACUGUAAAAUUAGUAAAUGGAUACAAAGUCAGCUGAUCAUAAAGCAAGACCCCCAAGGCUGCGAGUGGAGGAAACUAUGGCAACCCCUGAGCCCUGGAAACAGGGCAGGAGAGGAUGGGAAGGGCAAUGAUCUUUGGGUGCUGGGAGGACCUCCAAGAGGAAACGGUGCAGAGCAUUCUGCCAUGAUUGAUCACAGAUCAUCAAGGAUCACAGAAGACUGAUAGACCAGUGUAAAAAUAAUAAUACUGAAAGUCCUGAUUGGUGUGCUUGAGGGAAGAGUAGAAAGACUAAAAAAUAGCACGGACAAUGACGUCCAGGAACAUAGCCUAGACCAGUGAUUCUCAACCUUUUUGAAGCUGCCGCCCCCCUAGGGAGCGGAAAAUUUUUCAACGCCACC